AGCAGAGCCACUAAGUGAGUUUGAACUGCUAACCUUAAGGUUAGCACCAAGUGCUAAACCACUGUACCACCGGAGCUCAGAACACUCAAUAUUCUAAAUUAUCAGAACAGUUCUUUAGAUCUUCAGAGACUGGUCAGUACUAAGACUUACUUUUAUUGCACAGAAACAGAAAAAAAAGAUAUAAUUCUAUCUUGUUUAUUUGCACAAUCCAGCGUCUUUAACUUCCAACACAGAUCAGGGACAGGGAGAGAACUGGAGAUACCUGACUAAUAAGACUUGCUUUGGUUUCAGGCUGCAUAAAUAAACACCUACCUCAGAUUUGUUCUUCUCUUCCUCUAGAAACUGUCCAGAGGAAAAUGGCAGCGGGAAAUCACUCCAAAGUGACUGAGUUCAUCCUCGCUGGGCUAACAGAAGCACCAGAACUCCAGCUGCCCCUCUUUCUUUUCUUCCUAGGAGUUUAUGUGUUCACAGUGGUGGGGAACCUGAGCAUGAUCACCCUGAUUAGGCUCAGUUCUCACCUGCACACCCCCAGUUACUAUUUCCUCAGCAGUUUGUCCUUCAUUGAUCUCUGCUAUUCCACUGUCAUUAUCCCCAAAAUGCUGGUGAGCUUUGUGACAGAGAAGAACAUCAUCUCCUACCCUGAAUGCAUGCCUCAGCUCUACUUUUUUGCUUUUUUGAUUAUAUCAGAAUGUCAUAUGUUGGCUCUGAUGGCAUAUGAUCGCUGUGUUGCCAUUUGUAAGCCAUUGCUUUACAAUGUCACCAUGUCUUAUCAGGUCUGCUCUUGGUUGGUAGUUGAGGUAUAUAUGAUGGGCUUGAUUGGUGACACAGCUCACACAGGUUGCAUACUAAGAGUGGUUUUCUGUAAGGAUAAAAUAGUCAGCCAUUACUUCUGUGAUCCUUUUCCACUACUGGAGCUCUCCUGCUCCAGCACUUAUAUCAAUGAAGUGGUAAGUUUGUGCUUCAGUAUAUUUAAUUUUCUUGCACCAACCUUGACCAUCCUUGGCUCCUAUGUCUCCAUUAUUGCCAGCAUCCUGCAAAUCCGCUCCACUGAGGGCAGGUCCAAAGCGUUCAGUACAUGCAGCUCCCACAUCUUGGCUGUUACAAUCUUCUAUGGUUCUGCAACAUUCGUGUACCUGCAACCAUCAAAUGUCAGCUCCAUGGACCAAGGGAAAGUGUCGUCUGUGUUUUACACCAUUAUUGUGCCAAUGCUAAUUCCACUGAUCUACAGCCUGAGAAAUAAGGAUGUCAAAGUUGCUCUAAAUAAAAUCAUUGAGAAGAGAUUAUCUUGCAUUAACGAAGACUUCUAAUUCUUGGAGAAGAUUUGGUAAGGAAGAAAUCCAGAGACUGCAACAUGUAUACAGAAGUAGUGAGAUUAUUGCCAACACUUGAUUAUUUGGAAGACAGGUGCAAAGGCUAAGACUGGAUUCAUAGUGUCACAUGGAGGGCAGUCACAUGGAGGGCAGUGUCAAUUCUAGGAAUUUCCAGAGGUCACCCGUAGUAACACAUGUUACCUUUAAUUAUUUUUUUAAAAAUUUUCAAAGGCCUUCAUGUGGGAAGAUUACAAUUUAUACACAUGGGAUUUGGUACUUUGUUAGAUAAGACUUACCUAUCAUAAUUAAUAGAAUGAUCUGUUUGGUCUGUAUCCUUUGAUGAUCGUAAUGCUUUGCGUAUUUGGCCCUUGUUUACUAAUAAGUGUACAGAUAAACUCUUCUGGAAAAAGUUGUUUCUAAAAUAAAUUAUUUUGAAUCAUUUGCAAUCUACAAAAUUCAAUCCCUA